AUGCUUUCUUCAGUUCUGACACCACUGCAAAGGCAACGUUAUGGGACGAACAACAAUCCCGUUCGAGGAGUCUCAAAAAAAGGAAAUCCAUUCAAUCGUUGGAAAAACAAUGUGAUUCCAUACAUGUUGUCAGCUCAGUAUACAGCUGAACAGAAAAAGACCAUACGAGACUCACUGGAAGAUCUACAAAGGAUCUCCUGUUUCCGCUUUGUCGAACGAGCAUUGGAACGUGAUUUCUUGGCAUUCAUGCCUUUGGAUGGAUGCUACUCAUAUGUAGGCAAAAUCGGAGGUCGCCAAGUGUUAUCGCUCGCUGUGGACUGUAUUGCUGACUACAUCAUAUGGCAUGAAGUAAUGCAUGCAAUCGGAUUUGAGCACGAACACCAACGUCCUGACAGGGACAACUUC